UCCGGCGCACUGCGCAUGCGGGAAGAUGGCCGGCCCGGGAACCUGAGCACCUCCGCAGUCACCCUGGUCCCCUCCGAGCUUGAGCGCAGCGCUAGGCGAGUGGGACCGCGGCGCUCCGUGGGUGGAGCCGCCUUGCUUCGUGGGUGGAGCGGGCGGUCCGGGCGGCGCUGAAGGGGCCGGGAACGUGCGCGCCGAGCCGCCGGGGAAGGCGGGAGGGCGCGUGGGGCGCGAGGGGCUCGGGGCAGCAUGAGUCAGCAGCGGCCGGCACGGAGACUGCCCAGCCUGCUAGUGGACCCGGCUCAGGAAACCGUGCGCCGCCGCUGCCGGGACCCCAUCAACGUGGAGAGCCUACUGCCGUCAAAAAUAAGGAUUAACCUAGAAGAAAACGUACAGUAUGUGUCCAUGAGAAAAGCUCUGAAAGUGAAGAGGCCCCGUUUUGAUGUGUCGCUGGUGUACUUAACUCGAAAGUUUAUGGAUCUUGUUAGAUCUGCCCCUGGGGGCAUUCUUGACUUAAACAAGGUUGCCACAAAACUGGGAGUCCGAAAAAGGCGAGUGUAUGACAUCACCAACGUCUUGGAUGGCAUCGAGCUGGUGGAAAAGAAAUCCAAGAACCACAUUCGGUGGAUAGGAUCCGACCUGAAUGACUUUGGAGCCGUGCCCAAGCAGAAGAAGCUGCAGGCCGAGCUCUCCGACCUGACGGUGAUGGAAGACGCCUUGGACAAGUUGAUUAAAGAUUGUGCUCAGCAACUGUUGGAGUUAACAGAUGACAAAGAAAAUGAAAGACUUGCGUACGUAACCUAUCAGGAUAUCCACAGCAUUCAGGCUUUCCAUGAGCAGAUCGUCAUUGCGGUGAAGGCUCCAGAGGAAACCAGACUGGAUGUUCCAGCUCCCAGAGAAGAUUCUAUCACAGUGCAUAUCAGGAGCACCAAAGGACCCAUUGAUGUAUAUUUGUGCGAAGUAGAACAGAACCACUCAAAUGGUAAAAGAACCGAUGGAGUAAGGGCCUCUCCAUCUAAAAGUAGACAUCCAGAGUGCCCAGAGAAAGAAGACAAGCCGCCUCAGUGAGGUGAAGAAUCAUUCAAAGUGAGCAGCUGAUAGCCAUGCAAAGUGACGAAGGCUUUUGGAGCACCCCGCGUAGAUGAAUUAUGUACCGAUUUGAUCCUCAAGCAAUAAGUCUCCGUGGAGUGCUCUGGUUCUCACUGUAAAUCCGUAGCCUCGCUGAAGGCCAGUAAUGUAGCUUCCCGCUUAGGUUUCCGGAUGGUUUCCACAUUCAAAAGUCAGCUCUUUGGAUAAUUCUUCACUGCCUUUUGUCAGUGAAAUAACCCUCUUGCCUCCUGAAAUCAUUUUAUCACAGCGUGACAAGAGCGGACAGCUGGACAGCUGCGUGUGGACUCUGCCCUGCUCUGGAGGAUGGAGUUUGCCUCAGAAGAAUUGCCUUACAGUGGCUCACAUUUGCACUGAGGUGUUGUGCACUGUGAGGUGUACACACGAGGCCAAAUGUGGCACCUUUGUAUAUAUCUGUAUCAUGUUUAGAUUGCUUAUGAAGUAUGUCUGAGUGACACUUCUACCCAGAACAGCCAAAAUAACGUAUGUAGGGAAAGUGACAGACAGAUCUCCACUUCCUCAGUACCCGUAACUUAUUAGAACCCUCUGAAUUGGGGUGAGAGGAAAUUUCUAAAGUUUUACACGUAGAAGUUUCACAGAUGCCUGUACACUUAGGUUCAUGUACUUAACGUUUUUCAAUACGGUCCCCAGUGCUACAAUUGGAGUCGGCUACUUCUUGAUUCUAACUGGCCUACAGAGUCACUAUGUCCCAGUAGAUUGGUGGCAUGCCUCAAGGCAUUGGGGACAAGUACAGAAAUGCCAUCUGACAGUGGAUCAGUUCACUACAAUGUGAGUUUGGUCCUGGUGAAAUUAAAAGCAUUAUGCUUUUUGUGAGCAGAUUUUUAUAAUGUGUUUCUGCGUGCAGCCUUGCUCCUCAGUCCGAGGGGCUUACCUCCCAUGCAUUGUACCCUGCCCACGCUCCAGCUCUCAUCCCGCCUUCCCAAGCACCUAGCUUUUUCUACCUCAGUGGGUAAGUCAUUUACCUCUCUGUGCCUCAGUUUACUCAGUAAUUUACCACUAGACUGUGAGCUCCGUGAGAGACCUUUUUUUAUAGUUCUGCUCAGCACCGUGCACCAUGCCUAGUCCAAAACAAGUGCCCAAUAAAUGCGUAGAAAAGGAGUGAGUGGGUGAGUGCAACGUGGGGCUAAUGGACCCUGCCUUGUACAGGAUUCUGGGAUGCAUCAUUAUUAUGUUAAACCUCCUUUGCUUUACAUAAGAUUUAAAACAACUUGGAAUAAUGACCAUGUAUCAAAAAAAAAAAAAAGAUUU